CAGGUUUUGUUGAGUAACUGCACUCUGAUAUCAUUUAUGGUUGCUAAGAAUUCUGGUGACGUGGAAAAGAUAUUCAUAGAUAAAUCCCUGUGUGGCAAACUCACAGACAAAAUUAAUGCAGGUGGGCUCUGUGUGAGGUACAUUUCAUUUUCCUGUUGGGUGGAACAUAGUCUUUCAAAACAUGGUUUGGAAACUCCUCUAAAGUCUUCGUUCUAACUUUUUGUUCGCGUCUAUGCACAUUGUAUUUCAGUAUAAUGAACGAAUCAUCCAAUAGCAACGUUUCAGUCAGUCAUUCAACUAUGCUAUUUAAAUAUUAAUAAACCUAAAACAAUGGAUGUGCACGGUGUAAGGUACGACUCAACAUAAACACACAGCUCAUUAUAACCGCUUUGAAGUUUACUGACUUUCCAGACCAUGUCUCGAAAGACUAUGGGUGGAAGCAACGAUCAGUCACGAUAAACUAUGUUUUGCUGUAGGUGUCUGGGCUGAGGAUUUCAUGUUGCUGUCAUUUUGUGAUAAGUCAAAAAUCUGUUGUAUCAACUUUGCUCGCAAGCUACCAACAGAUUUCAGGAAGCUUGAGAAAUUAGCAGCGUUAGAACCCAAGGUGCGUCUUUAGCCAAGGUGACUUCCUUUCUGAGAACAUGUAUUCACCAUUAAGCUGCCAUAACUAUUUUUUCAGAUUAGUUUUAUUGACCUGCCUGGUCAAGUGGGGGGAAGGCUGAAUCGUUGCCUGAGCUUGAACACAAGUAAAGACAUGGUCUCUAUAUGGUGGUCAUUAGCGAGUGAGGAGGCCUGGCCUUGGUCCCCUGUGGCUGGAGAUAGAGCAAGAGCCAACGUAAUUCUCAUUGGUGUAAAGGGGUAAGAAUUAGUCCCUGCACUGAGGACCAACAAUUUGAAGUUUAGACAGUGAGAAUUUAUCGCAAAGGACGUGUAUUUCAAGACCACUGUCUACACUGAGAACCAACAAUUUGAAGUUUAGACUAGUGAGAAUCUGCCACAAAGGACGUGUAUUUCAAGACCACUACCUACACUGAGAACCAACAGUUUGAAGUUUAGACUGGUGAGAAUCUACCACUGACAAAGGACGUGUAUUUCAAGACCACUACCUACACUGAGAACCAACAGUUUGAACGUAUGAUAUAUUGUAUGGCUAGUAAGAGUCUGUCACAAGGGGGGGGGGGGGUGUAAUUGGAACUAAAGUUUUGGAAAACCGGUUUUAUGUUAACCAAGAUAAUAAAUUUGUUUUAGCGGGAAAUUUGACGUGUUGGCUUAUUUACGUACGGAAUGCGAUCCAAUACACGCCGCAUUCAGGUAAAAUGUGUUCAAUUCAAUCUGCAAUAUCCCGUUGCCUGAUUAUAAUUUCACCUCAGUCACGUGUGAGAAGAGUGCUUCCAGUUUGACUUUACCAAACAUUGGUUUUCUCCGAGAACUCGGGUUUCCUCCUGUAGUAACACUGGAUCAAUAAGAGAUAAUCCUUGCUGGACCGGCCUCUACUUUAAGGGAGAACAGUUUAGAACUGAUGCAACUAUCCAGUAUAAAUAAAGUUGGUUUAGUUUAGGUUUCCUCCUGUAGUAACACUGGAUCAAUAAGAGAUGAUCCAACGCCUCUCAAUUUAUUUUUUUUAGUUGUCAAAACCCACAUCACAUUCUUACAAUUGAAUCCACACCAAAGAAUGAAGGAGAUAAUACGAUCGAUAGUUGUGUUUACGAAUUUUACAAGAAUGGCGUAAGGAAACUAGUUAUAAGUUCGUGGAGUCCAGCGUAGAUAAAUGAUGGAAAGAUAAAACUCCGUCAGUUGAAACGUCGAAAUUUUUUUAUCUUUUCAAAACUGUUCAGACACAAACCGCUGUAGCUUAUUCUCAGAGGUUUACGUACAAAAAUAGCGGAUUGAUAUGACUAUUCCUUUUAAUUUUAGGUGAAACGAGUUAGUGCAACGUCUAUUUCAUUGCAAGGUAUAAACAUUUUAUCGCAAACUUCUCAACGGUAAGAAGUGGUUUAAUAAAACGACAUAAAUUGUCAUUGCAGCUGCCGUUUCAUGUGUGGCUUGGAAUAAUGCAGAGGACAAACUUUUACUGGGCUGUAAAGACAAGAGUUUGGUAAGCUGUUAUGCCAUUGGUGGAUCUUGGUAACCGUUACCGCCAGAAGAUGCUGGUGAACAUCAGAAAUCUUCACACUUGUAGCAGAUGGCAAAUUCAAUCAACUACAUCUUUCAAUUAUAUUUAUUUCCAACCAAACACGAGACUACUAAAUAUAAUGAAAAGAAUGAACAUCGUUUCCUCACUCUGAUAACUGCAGGUUCACCAUCAUCUGCUGCGCGAUAGUGCUUAAAAAAACCUCCCAUGACAUGAUAGAGUAUUUGAAAUCGACUGUUGGUUUUGUUUUCCUAGGUUGUGUACGAUUGUCAUAGACUGGUGACACAAAGAAGAAAUAUACCUUUUGUAUGUAUUGUUAGUUUAUUCUUUGAACUUUAUAAAUUGAAAUAAUUGAUGCCAAUGUGAACAAGCUGUCCAGGACAGCCGGGUUGGGUCACAGAGGUUUCACUUAAAAUGUCUUAAAUUUCAUGUUCCUAGGUUCCAUCUGAAAUAACUUGGCAUCCAGCCGGUUCAGUUGUCUUUAUUUUUAGUCUACAAGGCGAUAUCCAGGUACUAGGCAGUGUUAGUCGUACUACAAUAGUUUGUGGGGAGAAAAAGAACAUUCAUUGGAACAUUGCUUUUUGUAGGUUUUUGAUAUGGCGUUGGCACCAGUUCUCCUCCAACUUGCUGGCGAAGAUCAAAAUGAAUCGCGAAUUUUCCGAAUGUCCGAAUAUUUUAGGUCAGUUUUGAAGGUAACAGUUUAGAACUGAUUAUCACUGGAUCAAUAAGAGAUGAUCCUUACUGGACAAUUAGGGAGAACAGUUUAUAACUGAUAGAGCUAUCCAGUGUAAAUAAAGUUAGUUUAGAUCAGGUUUCCUCCUGUAGUAACACUGGAUCAAUAAGAGAUGAUCCUUACUGGACCUCUAGGAAGAACAGUUUAGAACUGAUAGAGCUAUUGUCACGUGUAAAUAAAGUUAGUUUAGUUCAAGUUUCCUCCUGUAGCAACACUGGAUCAAUAAGAGAUAAUCCUUACUGGACCUCUAGGAAGAACAGUUUAGAACUGAUAGAGCUGUACAGUAUAAAUAAAGUUAGCUUAGUUUAGGUUUCCUCCUGUAGUAGCACUCGAUCAGUAAGAGAUGAUUCUUACUAGACCUCUAGGAAGAACAGUUUAGAACUAAUAGAGCUAUCCAGUAUAAAUAAAGUUAGUUUAAUUUAGGUUUCCUCCUGUAGUAACACUGGAUCAAUAAGAGAUGACCCUUACUGGACCUCUAGGAAGAACGGAAAACAAUUUAGAACUGAUAGAGCUAGUUAUCCAGUAUAAAUAUUCAUGUUUCACUGGCUAUGUGUAAUUUGCCUUUCAGAGAUAUUAAACUGUCCCAUGCAGUAUGGUCAUGUGACAGCCCUCUCAAUUAUGUAAGUGACGGUGACGUGGCUUGCAGUGAUAAUAUGUUCAUGGUGUUUCAAGAUGGGUAAGGAACAUCGUCAAGUACUCAGUGUUUUUGAGAAACCAUGCUAUAAUUGUGAUCAACCUCUGUUGAAAAAAAACUUGGAGGUGUAAACCAGUCGUCUUGUAUAUUCUUGUUUUCAAUAUAGAGGCUUGCUGUGUAACUUCAGGAUAGAGCUGGGCUCACUGACUCUUGGUCGCAUUGGACCUCGAGAAAUUAUUGAAGAAUACAUUAAACACAACCAAGCUGAACAAGCUGUGAAUUUCGUCAACAGUAUAAACUGGAAUGAUGAUGGCAGUUCUUGCUUUGCGUGUCUCUCUGCUGUGAUGAAUUAUUUAUUGAAGUUUCCACUGACUGAUAAGAGGGAAGGUUAGUCUUGGGGUUUGGCCGUACAGUUGUUAGUUCCUGUGCAUAAUUUCACUUUUCUGACGCGGAUUUAAUUGCUGCAAUGUGCUGUUGUCCCAUUAUAAUUUCACCUUAGUGAGAAGAGCUCUUUCACUCUGCCAACACUGUAGGUUUUCGCUAGGUCUUUAGGUUUCCUCCUGUAGUAACACUGGAACAAUAAGAGAUGACCCUUACUGGACCUCUAGGAAGAACAGUUUAGAACUGAUAGAACUAUCCAGUAUCAAUAAAGUUUGUUUAGUUCAGGUUUCCUCCUGUAGUAACACUGAAUCAAUAAGAGAUGAUCCUUACAGGAUUCUAAGAAGAACAGUUUGCAAGAGCUAUCCAGUAUAAAUAAAGUUAGUUUAGUUUAGGUUUCCUCCUGUGGUAACACUGGAUAACCUUACUGGACCUCAAGGGAGAACAGUUUAGAACUGAUAUAAUAAAGCUAUCCAGUACAAAUAAGGUUAGUUUCUUACUUAUCUAGGUUUACUGGAAGAAACUUUGGGCUGUUUCUACACACCUUCCAGGCCGAUCAACGAUGUAGUUGUUCUCCAGUAUCGUGAACCAUUAAGUCGGUGGUCGAGAAGAUUUUUCUACCAUCUACUGAGGUAAUCCUCAAUCAUUUUGAGCCCUUCAUUUACUUAGGAGAAUAUUAGGUUGUCAUGGUUGACAGCACCCAAUAGUUACUUGAAAAUACUCAGGUCUUCCCUUUCGUUGCUCCUAAUGUUCGUAUCGUUCUAGGUAUAAAAAGUUUCAGAAAGCGUUCAUGCUUGCGGUUGAUAUUGGGGCUGCUGACUUAUUUAUGGUAACUAUGUUGUUUCUGGCGAUGGUGAUGGUGCUGAUGGUGAUUAAGUGAUCAUGAUUGUGGUGAUGAUGGUGAUGAUGAUGGUGAUGAUGGUGGUGAUGUUGAUGAUGAUGAUGAUGAUGGUGGUGAUGAUGAUGGUGGUGAUGAUGAUGAUAAUGGUUGACGCUGUCAUUGCGGCUGUUCAUUGGUAUUGUUGUCAUAAAUUAUAAUCGCAUUCUUCAAUUGUUAUUCUAGGAUAUUCAUUUUGUAGCGCUGGACGCAGGAAAUAUUGCACUAGCGGAGAACGCGAAAAAUAAAGCCUUAGAAAUUGACAGUGAGCUUCUGUCAACUGGUAAGUUUGUCUGAUAAUAAUUUUAUCUCGGUCCUAUGCGAGAAGAAUGCUUCCAGUUUGACUCUACCAACCAUCUCAUGUUUCCUCUUGGUACUCUGGUUUCCUUCUGUGGUACCACUGGACAGAUAACCGAUCACUAAACCUGGAACAGUUUAAAACUGAUAUAUCCAGUAUAAAUAAAGUUUAAAAUUUUUAGCAUAGUCAAUUCUGAGAGUACGGGGAAGGCUUCACUCUAAACAUUUCAAGAGAAAUAUUUCGUUUUGUAGAAACAGACAGUUCUUCGGGUGUCGAAGAUGAUGACUGUAUCUCAAUUGAAGAAGAGAAUAACAGAGUUGAAAAUGGUUCUUUGAACAGAGCAGGAUUGAAUAUUCUGGCUAACCAGUUCGAAAACGGAAAUAACACGCACGAUUUUGUAGAACAGAAUGCAGUCACUGGUCAAAGUGAAGUUGCCGAAGUGAAUGGCGAAGCAGAGUUACCAGAAAACCAACAAAACAGUGCCAUGGUUUUGCCUCUAAAUACGAACAUCACACAAAAUCCUAACGUCUGGGUCCGUGCGAAUAUUCUGGCUAACCAAUAUGAAGACGGAAAUACCACGCAAGAUUUUGUAGAACAGAAUGCAACCACUGGUCAAAGUGAAGUUGCCGAAGUGAAUGGCGAAGCAGAGUUACCAGAAAACCAACAAAACAGCACUACGGUUUUGCCUCUAAAUACGAACAUCACACAAGAUCCUGACGUCUGGGCCCGUGCGAAUAAUAUUGGUUAGUGUACAUACUGACCCGUUUAAAGGAUGAUUUGCACUACACAACGUUUUGGCUGAACCUGUUACAUGCAACCUGCUUGCAACUUCAGGUUGUACUGAGUAAAUCAAGCAUACUGUGUUGUCAUGGGUGACUUUUGUGUUGAUUCGCACAGUACAACUCAAAUUGUGAGCAGGUUGCAUGCGACAGUUUUAGGCAAAAGUUGUGAGUGUAAAUUGGCCUGUGACCGUGGUUAAAUUCCUGCCAUUUGAUGUUGGGGAAUUUCAGGCAUGUCCUGGGGAAUUCCUAGUUCGCUGGUGUUCACAGUAAGAAGAGUUAUGAUUUUUUUUCUAUGUUGGUAUUAUGUACUCAGGUGAAUAUGAUGUUUGUGGUGUUACUCUGAGUGUAACCUGACCGCGUAGCUCAGUUGGCAGAGCAUUGGGCUAGUAUCCAAAGGUCGUAGGUUCGAUUCCCACUGUGGCCAGGCAUAUUUUUCAAGCCUGUCCGGUGUGGAUAUACACUCAGAGUAACAUCACAAACAUUAACUAAGAAGAGUUAUCAACCACAAUGCGUUUUGACCCGUCUCUAGUAGACAGAACCAUUGCUCACUUUAUAUAAUCAUAAUAUUUUCUUUUCUAGAAUUGGAAACAACAGAAAACGAUGGAGAAGAAGUAAUAUAUCUUUAAUUUUUCCAGCAGUAGGAUUCUUCUUAAAGUCACAAAGUAAAAUCAAUUAACGCAAGUCCUAAAGCAUCCCAACUGAGCUGAGAUGACGGAAUUGAAAGUGCUUACAAUUAGCAAUGUAAAUAUCAUUAAAAUCCUCUAUUUAUUCGUUCUUAAAAGAUGGCAAUGUUUUGACUAAUGUCUUUAAUCAUUUCUCCAGUCAAUUCUUUCACUGCUGAAGUAUCACUCGUUUCAAAGCCACAUGAUAUUUCCGACAUUUCAUUCAGAUCAUUUUCAAAUUCAUUUUCAGAACUAUCAUCCCCUUCUUCUUCUGCUAUUCCUUGCUCACAUUGUUCUAUGGAGGUCCCGUCGUCGAAAUUUGUUUCCACUUCCAUGGCCUCAUCAUUCAUUUGAUUCAACGUUUGAUUCUGCAACGGUUCUUCGCCGAUAAAUGCUCCAAAUUUAUAAUUAUGGGCGAAAGAUGGCGGGCAUUGUUUCCAGACGGAGCUGUCUUCAUCUGACUCAGUUAAACUUGCCUCUACUUUUUUAGCAACGAGUGGAAAAUGUUGUUGUAGAGUUUCCAAAUCUGUAUUUUCGUUGUCUGUCAAUUUAGUUAAGCUUUUGUCAUUGUUCAAAGUAAUUUUAAUGGCGGAAAACUUAUAAAGUUUGGCCUUCAUGCUUUCUGAAGUUUCAAGGUUAUCAAUGAUUAAUUGCAGAAAACGUUGGCUGUUUGCAGAGGGGUUUUGUAGGCAGACCUCUAACAAGGCUAAAUAGUCGAGUUCUACCUUAAGUUUCCAUUGUUUUUUCUCAAUAUUCUUUUUACUGCAGUUGCAAAGAAUAUAAUAAACCAAACAGGAAUGGUAAUGGGCCAGUAGUUUAUUUCUGAAGUUUUGUUCAAGUUUGUGAGCUCUCCUAACAAGGAAUGAAACAAAAUUUGAUAAGAACUGCUCAUUUGUUUUGUGCAAUGCUUUGAGAAGCGGGCUCAGCCACUGCCGAAGAUCUUUUGGUAACUCGAACAAAAUUUCUCUUGUUUUAAUUGCGGCAGAUUUAGGAAAUAUUCCUUGAAGGGUUUCAGUGGAAGGGAACAGCAAUCCUUGUUCUCCAAAUGACAAGUCCAGCAAUGAUUGCCUGGAAAAUG